AUGGAUGUCCGAGAACUGCGGAUUGCUGAGUGGGCAGCAGGUGAGUUGGGACAGUACGACAUGAAGGCUGUAUUGAAGCACGAGAUCAAGCACCGUCGAGAGCCAAGCAACGACACAGGUUCUACGGUUGACCGGCUGGCCGCCACUGUCCACCACAGCCGCCGUGAAUUGCACCGAGACAGGACGGUGCCCUUAGGGAGCACGGCUGCCUUGAGUGCAGUGAUCGAGCAGGCGCUG